CAUUUUUUGUUCCAAUAGAUUUUUAUUAAACUUAUUACACUUUGUAUGAAGACAAGAAGCUUUUUUUUUGUUUUUAUUAAUUAAACGUCAUCAAUCGAAGUUUAAUCGAACGUAUUAGAAAAAAUAAGUUUAAUUGAGUUGAAUUUUUGAAGAAAUAGCGCGAAGAAAUAUAGAGAAUGCAAAAUAUAUCAAAACGAUACAAACCAUCAUGGGCACCUGGUGAACCAGGAUAUAAUCCUUUAUUACCAUAUGGUCCAAAGGUUUAUUUGGCUCGUAAAAAAAAACCAGAUCCAUGGUGGGUGUUUGCAUUGGAGGUUUUUGUUGUAGUUGGGGUGCUUUGUAUGUUUGUUUAUAUGUAUUAUUACAUUGAUCACUUACACACCCAUGCGGCUCGCGUUUACGCUCAUUUAGGAAGUUCUGACGCACAACAUGUAUUAGCACAUAAUUAUUUACACGGAAGAGGAGGCCUUGAAAAGGACGAAGAAAAAGCAAUGUAUUGGUUUAAAAUGGCUGCGGAUGCUGGACAUCCAGAAGCUGGAUAUAACGCUGUAGCAAGUCACAUGCAAGGUUACAACAUUAACUUGAAAGAGCGAGAAAUUGAACAGUAUUUAAAAAACGCUCAUGAAAAUGGUAUUGAAGAUGCUACGAGAGCGUUAAAAGAUAUGCUGCCUCAUAAGUAUUGAGAAAUCGAUUCUCUUUUUCUCUAUUUGACUUAAAUUUGUGUUGUUUGUCCAACGUAAAAAAAAAAACAAAAAAGCAGAGUUUUUCAAUAAAACUAUUUUCUGCACACAUCUUUUUUAUUUGUUCUGUGGUAAAAUUUACAAGUUAGUUAAAAAAUAGUUUAGUUAAAAUGUAAAACUAUGUAAAUGUCUUUUAUAAUGCAUCAGUAAAAGUAAAUUCAUUCAUUUAGCA